AUGGCCGGGCUGACCCUGUUUGUGGGCCGCCUCCCGCCCUCGGCCCGCAGCGAGCAGCUGGAGGAGCUGUUCAGUCAGGUGGGGCCGGUGAAGCAGUGCUUCGUGGUGACUGAGAAAGGGAGUAAGGCAUGUCGAGGCUUCGGCUAUGUCACUUUUUCUAUGCUGGAAGAUGUUCAGAGGGCCCUCAAGGAGAUUACCACCUUCGAAGGCUGCAAGAUCACCGUGACUGUUGCCAAGAAAAAACUGAGAAAUAAGUCCAAGGAAAAGGGGAAAACUGAAAAUUCAAAGUCCCCAGAGAAGGAGCUGCAGCCUAAAAAAGCCAAAGUGGCAGAUAAGAAAGCCAGAUUAAUUAUUCGGAACCUGAGCUUUAAGUGUUCAGAAGAUGACUUGAAGACAGUAUUUGCUCAGUUUGGAGCUGUCCUGGAAGUAAACAUCCCUAGGAAACCAGAUGGAAAGAUGCGUGGUUUUGCUUUUGUUCAGUUCAAAAACCUCCUAGAAGCAGGAAAGGCUCUCAAAAGCAUGAACAGGAAAGAGAUAAAAGGGCGGACAGUGGCUGUCGAUUGGGCUGUGGCAAAGGAUAAAUAUAAAAAUACACAGUCUGCCUCUGUCGCAGGUGAGAAGAAGAGGCCUGAACCUAAGUGUCAGGAAUUAGGUCAAGAGAAUGGCAGGGAAGAAGAGGAUAUGGAGGAGGAGGAGAAUGAUGGUGGUGAUGAUGAUGAGGAAGAGGAGGAGGACGAGGAGAAUAGAGAGUCGAAGCUGACCAAGCCUGUGCAAAUUCAGAAGAGAGCAGUCAAGAGGGCAGCACCUGCAGAAAGCAGUGAAGAGGAGCAUUCUGAUGACAACAGCGACCUGGAGGAAAGAGACGGGAUCGAUGGUGGAGAGGACCUGGCUCAGAGUGAUACCAACACUGAAGAGCAGGAGGAGGAAGUCUCGAAAAAGAAGAAGAAGAGGAAAUUACCCUCUGAUGUGAAUGAAGGGAAAACUGUCUUUAUCAGAAACCUGUCCUUCGACUCAGAGGAAGAAGACCUUGGAGAGCUCCUCCAGCAGUUUGGAGAUCUUAAAUAUGUCCGCAUUGUCUUGCAUCCAGACACAGAGCAUUCUAAAGGUUGUGCAUUUGCCCAGUUCAUGACUCAAGAAGCGGCUCAGAAAUGCCUUGAAGCUGCUUCUCCAGAGACCGAGAGUGGUGGGCUUAAACUGGAUGGCCGGCAGCUUAAGGUUGACUUGGCAGUGACCCGUGAUGAGGCUGCAAAGCUCCGGACAAAGAAGGUGAAGAAGCCGACUGGGACCCGGAACCUCUAUCUGGCCCGAGAAGGCUUGAUUCGUGCUGGGACGAAGGCUGCAGAGGGUGUGAGUGCUGCUGAUAUGGCCAAAAGAGAACGAUUUGAGCUGCUGAAGCAUCAGAAACUCAAGGACCAGAAUAUCUUUGUCUCCCGGACCAGGCUGUGCCUGCACAAUCUCCCAAAGGCUGUGGAUGACAAACGGCUCAGAAAGCUGCUGCUGAAUGCCACUAGAGGGGAGAAGGGGGUGCGCAUCAAGGAGUGUCGGGUAAUGCGAGGCCUUAAAGGAGCUCAUGGGAAAAUUAACGGUCAGUCCUUGGGCUAUGCCUUUGCAGAGUUCCAGGAGCACGAGCAUGCCCUGGCAGCCCUACGCCACAUCAACAACAAUCCAGAAAUCUUUGGGCCUCAGAAGAGACCAAUAGUGGAGUUCUCUUUGGAAGAUCGAAGGAAACUUAAAAUAAAGGAACUGAGGAUCCAGCGCAGCCUGCAAAAAGUGAAAUCCAUGUCGGCAACUGGUGAGCAGCCCCAGCAAGAACAACCAGAGCUUGGAAAAAAACAGCAACAGAAAACAGCUCAGAACCACAUGCAUCAACAAAGCAAGGCACCCAUGGAGCAGAAGGAGAAGGCAGGAUCUGUCUCGUGGACAGGGUUCCAGACCAAGGCCGAAGUGGAGCACGUGGAGCUGUCUGAUGGGAAGAAGCGAAGAAAGGUCCUGGUGCUCCCCUCACACCGAGGCCCCAAAAUUAGGUUACGGGACAAAGGCAAAAUGAAGCCUCUCCCUCCCAAGAAGCCAAACCCCCAGAUAAACCACUGGAAGCAAGAGAAGCAGAAAUUAUCUUCCAAGCAGGUACCUAGGAAGAAAGCUAAGGGAAAUAAGACAGAAAUUCGCUUCAACCAGCUGGUCGAACAAUAUAAGCAGAAGUUAUUGGGACCUUCUAAAGGAGCUCCUCUUGCAAAGAGGAGCAAAUGGUUUGACAGUUGA